UCCGGUUUCCACUAUCGAGUCUGACCCCCGGCUAGAGCAGAGGUCUGCUUCCCCCAGAAGACAAACUAUCUUUGGUCCUUUUUUCCUGAGAAGAGCAAGGGUAUCCCCCUCCUCUCCAUGUGUGAUCCCUGAUGGGCAGCUGGUCUCGCAGUGCCGUGCUGGAGCUCUACAGGGCGCUGCUCCGGGCAGGCCGACACCUUCAGUACACAGACCGGAAUUACUAUCGCCGCGCCGUGGCUCGCGAGUUUCGCCGCUGCCAGGCACUGACGGUCCCAGAAGAUAAGGAGGAGGCCCUGAAAAGGGGCCGGUUCUUUCUCAGCAGCCGACUGGGUGGGCUUAUGUAG